AUGGUUUCGGUGGCAGAUUUAGUUACAAAUCUACAUUCAAAUAUUGAUGAAAUUCAUAAGACUAUCGCUUUAAUAAGCGAUACCUCAGACCAUGAUGCGGAAAUCACACGACUCGAAAAGGAACGCGAUGAACAGCUUCAACAAUUAAAGAUGGCUCAUGAAAUUGCAACAAAAGAGGACCAGGACGCACGAGUAAAACAGGAACAAAAGAUCGAGGAAGAAAUCAAGAGAGAGGAAGCGGAAAUAACUGCGAGAAGGAGGCGUGAAGACGAGGAGAGAAAUUUGACAAUAGAGAACGCAGUGAAUGGGAGAGAAAAGGCAAGGCAGGAGGAGGAGGAGAAGAGGAAGGCCGAAUUCGAAAGUAAACAUAAGGGAUUGGAAGAUGGAGUCGACGAAGAGAUGGAAAAAUUGGAGGAUGAAUUGGAGAAGCGAAUGUCGCAUGGGCAGAAAGCUUUAGAGAGUUUAGAUGCUGCGAGGAGGGAAAUCAACAAACAAAUCGACGAACAUCUCAAUAUUCCGACUGUACUACCUAAAAUUCAAUACAAGAGUCGGAGGAAGGCUUUAUUGAAUAAGCACCGACCGGACCGUUCAUCUGAGAAUCCGGACAUCAAGGAAGUUGGGGAGAAUAGCCAAAAUAAUCUGGACACAAAUGAAGACCCAAGUCCUAAUGUGAACGAGCACAAAAAUGAAGGCCCUCGGGACGACGAGACUAAUGUUGCUAAUAGUACAGAAGACCCUAAUUUAGAGCACGCCAAGGGACUGGUAAUGCAGCCAGCUUCGCCAAUGGCAGAGGAAGUAAUCCAUCAAGAACAAGAGACGCAAUACCCAGGAACGGAACAAAUUGAGGAAGUGUCACGGCUGAUCGAAAAAAUCUCUGUCUCAAUGCCUGAGGAACAACACCUUGAGCCUGAAGAACCACAGCACCCUGAGCAGCAACAUCAGCUGGAGAAUACUGCACAAGAACAUCCAGAUCUACCCAAACAAGACACUGUACAGCCUAUAGAAGAUGUAUCAAAUGAGACAUAUAACGCGACUGAGGUUUCACUAGCAGAUACACUGAUGGAGACCAAUGGUAUUCCAAUGGAUCAAAUCGUGGAGCAUCAGACAAAUGAUGCCGAACAACAUGAAAUCAGUGAUACUUCAAAGCAAAACAACCCAUUAGAUGCAUCAGAGAACGCCGAGGACCACGUCAAAGAGAGCCAAUCUGCUGAAUUUCCUUCCGAGAAUGUCACGGAUGGGUUAAAGCAAGAUAAGACCCCGAUAGUCGUACCUAAAGAAGCCGAGUCUUCCUCUGCUCAUGCUACAAGGGAAUCACCCGAAGAUAGAGCAGCCAGGGAGGAAAUAGAUCAAUUGAACGAGGAGAUCAGACAAGCUAUGGAGGAAGAAGCUAGGGGGGCAAUGAUGCCUCACGACGAAGCCAAGGAUCUUCCUCUAGAUGCACAAGAGGAAGAAUUAAUCAAAUCAGAAGAGUCUAAAUCAGAAGAGUCACACGUUUUUGAAGUUAUUACGACUCCAGAUUUUGCCAACGAAGCUUCAGAGAACAAAGCCCUUGCGAAAGAGGACACAUUACCUAAGAUGGAGGGCACACCAAUCGCACAGAUCUCUGAAUUUCAGAUUGUAAGUAAUGACUUUGAGUCAAGGACGAUACCCGAGACAAUUGAGGCUGAAAAUGCUUCUAAACACCAAGUUGUCUCAGAAAGCAUUGAAACUGAAAACAAAGGAAUCCUUGAACCAGAAGAGCAAGCGAACGGCACAACACAAGAACCUAUUGAAACUCCAACUGAAGUGACACUUCUAGCUAGAGAGUUGUCAUUAGAGCAGACGCUAAACAUUGAUCUUACCCCCGAGAAUCAUGGACUGCUUGAGACAUUGACUGUUCAUGUGUCUCCAGAUCAAACAGUGAACGAGAAAAUCGAAGAGAUGCCCGUGACUUUGAGAGAAAAGGCAAUCUUGCCUCCAAUGUCAGUUGAAGAGCUCACCUCCGGCAACGUUGGUGACGGGAAUGCAGAGAUGGAGGACGACAGCCUACCCAACGAGUCAUUAAUUUCAAGCAAAUCAGAGGACACAAAUCAGAUAUCCACGGAAGCAGAGACAGUUCAUAACGGCUUGGAAUCUGCUCAUCACGAUGAGCCCAUACCUGUCGAGGAAUUUGAAGUAGAGGCAAUCCAAACACCACUUCCAGAACCAGCAGAAGAUGAAUCCGUUUUGCUCAAUGAGGAACCAGCACUACAAUCUGAUACCCUGUCAAACGAACCGGUGAUCGACCAAAGCCAACAGGCAACAACUGAGCCAGUUAGCACUGAAGAUAUCAAUAACGAAAAUGCACAGACUUCGAAUGAGAACAUCGAGUCUGUAAAUGAAGCUACGCCAAUUAUGAAGGGGAAAAAUCGUACCGGCGAGGAGCCCUCAAACCUCAACAUAUCAGACGAGAAAAGCGAGGAAGUAGUUCCAGACCAAAAUCCCGCCGAGCAGAAUGAAUACGCUGAGAAAGACGGUGGAGAUGCUGCAAGCAGUGAGGUGGAGGCUGAAGACAAUGAAAAUCCAGAAAGCAACAACCUGGGUGAAUCACCGAAGACCCCUCAAGCCAUUCUACCUGGAGUAGAAGAGAUGAAAAGUACUUCAGAUGAACCCUUUCUACCUUCAAAGUCAACUCCAGAGGUGGUACAGCCAGACGUCGACAGCCAUGAGAAUUCUGAAGGUGAUAUAUUAUCUUCCCAUUCUCAAAAUACUUCCGAGAAUAAUAAUCUUAUCAACGAGAUUGUUGUUCCGAUACAAGAAGAGCUUCAUUUCAAAGAUACUGAUAUUGAUCAUAUUACAAAAGUUACAGUCGACAGCAAGGUCAUUCACCAAUCAGAACCUCGUAAUAUCAAUUUGGAUGAUACCCCCCAAAAGGCCGAGGUAGCUGUUGAGCCGAUUAUUUCUGGCCCCGAACAAAUACACGAUGCAGAAGAAGACAUUCCAGUGACAGCUGAGAGUGGCACUAGCGAUAUACGUGAGCUGGAAGUCGCAAUCGAUGGAAAUGUAAAUGUGGCGAAGGAUGAAAGGUCUAGCGACAAAGAAGCUCUCGAUAGUCCACCAGAAUAUCUUUCGCAAACUAUCUAUGAACCCGUUCAGUUACCGGGCCAUAUCAAGUACCGAAUUGAUGAGCCAGCGGCUGCGAUCCGGCAAGAGAAUGAUGCUUUACCACAGACCAUCGCUAAAGAGGAGAUAAUUAUCUCUGAGACCUCCAUUAUUGACCCCGAGGAUAUAGCUCUAAAACUCACCGAUGAGAAGAUAGAGUCAUCGUCCGACAUCAAUUCUAAAGAACAUUUUCAGAAUGUGGAAGAAGUAAAGACACCUGGCCACCAAGAUCUUGAGGGCACUGGGGGUGCAAUCUUGACUUUGAACAUUGGUUCUCCACUCCCGUCCCCUAUCCUUCACAUCACUGGUGGCAAUGAAGGAGGAGAUGCUAAAUUAGAGCAUAAUGUCAUUGAAAAUCCUGUGGGCUUGGAAGAGAUGAGCCACAAAGAAGAACAGUUCGAAGUUAACGACUCAGCCCGCCCUCAAGAACUCAAGGACAUAGAGCCAGUGAAAUCGAGUGAAAUGCCAUUUGGAGAUCAUGCACUUGCGGAAGCGGUCAAAUCUGAGCAAUUGACUCCGGAUUAUGACGAAUCAAAACAUCAAGAAGCUGAAGAAACCCACAAACAAGCAAAUGAUGGCGCUUCACUCGAGAACCAAGAGGAUCAAGAAAACAGAGAUCUCCCUUCUACUUCUAUUGGAGAGAUUGACCAAGAUGCCAAUAGCCUCAAUGAUGUAAAACACAAGGAAAACGACAUACAACUUGAAAGCCAAAAUGAUGGAAAUCCUGAGAUUGAGGUCGAGACGUCUGCGUUAGAAAAACCGAUUAUCGAUGCCUUCCAAGUGCCAUUUGCUAUGGAACACGCACUCCCAGAGAUCCAUGAUGAGCCCAGAAGUGGGCAAGAUGACCGGGGUGGUGAGAAGGUCAAUGAUGCGCCGCCGAAUAUUCUUACUCACGAACAAGGAAAGGGCGAGCUUCGUGCAAUGCAAGACGCUCAUACUGAAAAGCCCACCAAAACCAACCAUUCACAGGGAUCUGAGACAACAGAUAUACCACACUCGGUUCCAAGUAUUGUAACUAGUCCUGAAGCCAUCCACGAGGAAUUGUCCACCCAGGAGAAAGAAAAGUCCUCCGGCAUUGAAGAGGAACAUAUCAACACAGUACCUGAAUCGGACACAAUCAGGCAAGAUACUACAUCUCAAACUCCCCAGGUAUUACAAGAAGACCCCGAGGAUGUUCGUGCCAGAGAAGAGGUUGCUCGUUUGAAUGCCGAGUUUAUGAAGGCCAUUGAAGAAGAGCAAGCUGGUGAAGAAUUAAAUGAGCCGGUCGACGUCAGCAAAGACAAGAAUAAUGUUGAUGUGAUUGAAAGCAAUCCUGUUAAAGAGGAGCAAGAGAGACCAAGUUCUCGAGAAAGUGCCGAAGAUACCACAGCGAGGGAAGAAAUCGCUUUGCUGAAUGAGCAAUUGAAAUUGCUCGGUCAACAACACGAUGACGGAAAUCAAUUUGUUGAGAUCAAAGGUGAAAAGGGAGAGAGUCAUGAAGGUCAUGAGAAUAGUGAACCUCAAAAGCUCGAACCAGAACAUACACAGGUUGACCUUCAGCACGCAAAGAGUGAGCCCUAUCAAGGUGAAAAGCGGGUGCAAGAACAAGAUCACCAUGAGAUUCCCACCUCAUCAGUUCAGCACGAUGGCAACUUGGACACUUCCGACCAAUCUGACCAGAUCUUAAGUGGAGAAAAUGGGGUCGAAUUGACCACAAGUGAACCAAGCAAAGAAAUUGAGGCAUCACAGCACGACCAUGAAAUUCAUGACUUUCAAGACUCGGGCUCGGAAGGCGAAGAAACCGAAUCUCAUUUUGAAAGCGAAGAUGAAUGGGAGGGAUCCGUAGAGGAUGAAGAGGGACCACUUCCUUACCUUGAAACUAUUCGCGAAGAAUCACAUGAUGGACGUGUAUCUCAUUUGGGAGAAGACAAUGAAGACGAGGAUGAAGAUGAAGAAAUGUUGAGGGGCAGAUCAACCCAUCCACAUUGGAAAUAUGAAGACAUGGAAAAUGAUGAUCAUCUAAAGGAAGAAAGCGCUUUUCAGCCUGCUGAGACAACAAAGGAUGACUCUCACGAUUUACGUUCUCAUGAGGUUGCUGCUGCAGAAUCAUCGAUUCUGCCUAUCAUCGAUAAUAAUGAAGAACACUGGGAUUCUGCAGAUUUAGUUCUAGAAACGGAGCAUGCAGAAAAACCAGCUAACAAAGAUGCCCCGCUAGAAACUCACUACGAUGAGCUAGAACACCCAAGCGAUAUCAAUCUUGAAAUUUCGAAGCCUCGAUCAAUAAAACGGCCACAGACUCCAAUGCAACUUGUUCCUAAUACUCUCGAUGAUGAAGUAAUGGAACCGCCUCACACUAUUAAUGGUACAGAUGAAUCAUUCGAAGAUAACAACUCGGAAGCGCCAAUAAAAAGUUUAGGUCACUCUAAUGGCAUAGAUCUACCACGAGUAUUGGAGCCGAGCCCAGUUAUUAACGAAUUAAAUUCAAACACUGGGAACCCUGAGCAGGUGGAACAGAAUUUACCAGGUCAAAAUAACAAUCUUACUCCAGAAGCUGCGUCUUCUCGACGUCCAAUGUCACUCUACCAUCGAAAUGAUGAUUUAAGUCCAGAACAUGAAGCAGUAUUCUCAAGAGUUUCAAAGAUCCGUAAUAGCUUAACACCUUCGCCAGAGCCACAACAGUCUUCAAACAGUUUACUGAGUCCUAGAUCCCGAUCUGAGCGAUUUCCACCCGACGAACAUCGAAAUUACUUGGAUGCUUCUAUAAACAACGCAUAUAAUGGAGGGGUAUAUUCUACGAUGCCGGAUGACGACCAGCCUCAAAACGAUUACCGAAUCCAAUUGAACGCCAAUAACGGUCGUACCAGAUCUCACACCGUCGAUACUGUUCCAUCUUUCGAACAUUAUGCAUCAGAUGAUGGUGACUCGGGACCUCCGACUCCACCACAACAACCACAAUACUCAGAUCCUGUAUCUCAACAAUCUCAUAUUGGGCAAAUGUUAACGACAGACUUCCAAACUUCUGGAGGAUGGUCAAUUCCACAUGAUGAUAUCCAUGCUGAAUCAACAAAUCAAGACCAAGACCAAGACGAAGUAAUAAAAUCUCCCAACCUUCGAGAAGUCGAAUUCGAUCCUUUAAAUCAACAAGAAUAUAAAUCUCCGAUACCAAGUCCAGCACACUCAUCGUCGUUCAAUGUAAGCAACGUACGCUUUGAUCAAGAAUAUCCUCACACUUUGUCAUCAAAUUCAUCCUCGCUUUUGCCGCCUGAAAAGAUCUUGGGCUCGAAUGCACCACCUUCAAACUUCUCCUUUGCAUCUCGCAACCCCCCCGCUUCUGCUCAAGCCGAAGAAACACCAACUUCGCAAUUACAGCCAAACCUCCACUCCGUUCCUCAGACACAAUCAGAAGACCUUCACAAAGCUGCAAAUCAAGAGAAAGAAAUUGAAUCCCCACAACGUAACCCACGACCAGCUAGUUCUAUCUUCGCCAGAACCCGCUCACUAUUCGAAUCAGCAGGAACCAACGAUCCAAGCCCACUCUCAAAACAAAGACCCUUAUCAGGCAUGAGUAUCUUCCACGUCACGCCACCCUCCCGCUCAACACCUUCCCCUAUAGCCAUUCAAAACCGUCCCCACAGUCAAUCAGUCUCCGGUCUCCGUAGCGUCUCCGGCUCUCAGAAAUCAAAUCUUUAUCCCUUGGACAAUGGAAACACAAAUGCAGACUAUGAUCCAAAUACUGAUGCAGAUUUUCUGCCAAAGAGUUUGGAUGAUGAUGGGAGAUUGCCUAGUCCGGCUUAUGGCUUACCCGGCCAUAGGAGUAGUGGGAGUUUCGAUAAGGCGAGAGAUCUACAUGGGGAUGAAGAUGAUCCUUAUCAUUCACAAAAGGGGUCGAAAGCGAGUGGGGAUUGGAUGGCUGGUUUGCCAAGCAUGACGUCGAGAGGAGCGAUGGCAGAGGAUGAACCAUUAUUGAGAGAUGAGGAUUGA